GAAGUCAAUGGCAGCGGCAAAAAUCAUGGCAAAAGUCGAAUUUCAAAGAGGCUAAAGAAUGAAGCUGCAAUUAUGGCGAAUUAAGUUAAAGUCUGUACAGGUACAGCACGUCGUCUUCUGUACUCUGUAAUAAUAACCAACCGCAGCUCAAAACUCACAAGUCACGUAGCCUGCUCACCUUGAUAUUAUUAUGACGUACCAAACAUGCCAGAAAAAGCGUGGGCGAUGAGCAUCUGCUUCACGACAAAUUCUACUCACGAGGAGAGAGAGAGAGAGAGAGGGCAACGCAGCCCACCACUAUGACCCAAAAACUUUGAAGCCGCGAAAGUGAUGUUUACGUCUCCAAUACGAUGUCGUUUGAGUCUUCAUCGGACCAAUACUCCUUUGUCCAUUUCUGUCAUUUCCUUGUGCUACCCCCCAAAACCUGCCUUUCGCGACUCCCGAGAACAACCCACCGUUGUCUUUCAGCUUCGAUUCUAAACACUCACAAACAGAAUCUAGCUCCUCUUCCUCCUAUCACUGUCCUCUUUGGUCAUUUCGCCGUCGCACUCCCGUCUUUUUUUUUUUCUUCGCAUUUUACCUCCGGCGCGGUCGCUAACCUCUUUGUCCUCGAUCUCUAGAUUUUUUCCUCGUUUUUCUAGGCUUCAUUUUGACUAUAAUGCUUGAAAAAACAAGGAUUCAGAAGCUGUGGAGUUCAAACUCGAUAUUGGGAUUUUUGGUAGUGGUUUAACGCUAGUAUGGAGCUGAACGAUUCUAAUGGGAAGUCCGGGGAGAGCCGUUCCUUGCCGUUUGAUAUUGAUCUUAACGAGACGCCUCUCUCUUCUCCUCGUGAGGCAGUGGUCUCCGUCACCGGAGAUGACUUUGUUCCAACGCCGGUGGCGGGUGAGGGUAGUAGAGGUGCUAAAGGUAAACUCGUGUUUUUGGACAUCAAUGCAUUGCCAAGCGAGGCUGAGGGAGAAGGAAAUGGUGAAUUGGUGAAUUCUGGAAUGCACUCUGUGCCUGGUACUUCUUCUAUUGGCAACUCAAAUAAUGCCCCAGUGACAUGCCCUACUUUGUUAUUUGUGGGGAAUCAAUGUGAUCGUACGAAGGAACCUGGCAAUGUGACAAAUGUUAUCAAAUCCGGUCCUGUAGAUAUUGUACAGCAGAGACUGAACUUUGUUAGAACUAUGAGAGAAGUAGAUCCACACUCUGUCUUUAUAGGAAGGCAUUGGACAAGUGAUUAUUCUGCAAAUAGAGUAUUAUUCCAGAAUCAGAGUGAAAAGUUUUUGCAGAAUUUAAGAGAAUUCAUUUUUGAUAACCAUGGAAUACUGGAAGAUGGUUGGCGUGUUGAAUUUUUUUAUUGUCAAAACAGAUGCAAAACCUUUGCAGUUUAUUGUUCACCAGAUGGGAAUAAGUUUGAGUCAAUGUUUGAUGUUGCCUGUCAUCUUGGCUUGGUGUCGAAUUGCCAUUCUUUGAUACCUCAGAACAGAAAUGAUGGAUUUGCUUUAGCACGGAACAGGUUACAUUUGCACAGAAGAAGAAAGGAACCCUUGCUAUUUUCAAGAACCAAGAACUUGAAAGAAUAUCAAGAAAAUUCAAAAAGCAGUUUUGUUGGCAAGUUCUCAUCAGGCAUAGAGACCAUGGAUGCUGGGAACUGCAGGUUGAGGAGUGAUAUAAGAGCUGCACAAGCCAACUCAGAGCCAGCUGGUAUUUAUGGUUCUUCUCAUUGUAAGGAAGGGUUUCCAGUCCAGUUUGAAGACUUUUCUAUUCUUUCUAUGGGGGAGGUUGAUCCAAGACCUUCCUAUCACUGCAGUAGCCAGAUCUGGCCAGUAGGUUAUAGAUCCAGUUGGCACGACAGAAUUACUGGAUCUCUUUUUGUGUGUGAUAUUUCAGAUGGGGGUGAUUGUGGUCCAGUUUUCAAGGUUCAAAGAUAUCCAUGUUGCACUCAGCCCAUCCCUAUUGGUUCAACAAUCCUUUCCAGGACAGACUUGGGCAGCAACAAUAAUAAAACUUAUAGUGCUUCUGAUGUUGAUGAUCAUGAGGAUAUAGAUGUUCAGACGAUAUUAUCAGACCCUAGCCCUCCGCACCUUGAUUUUAAUGUUCUGACAGGUGUUGCGACAUCAUUAGAUGAAGCCUCUAAUUUUCACGGAGCAGAUGGUUUGCAAUCAAAUUCAAAUCACAUCCCAAAAGCUAUUGGGAAACCUGCACUCAGUAAUAAAAUACUAGGUGAUGAUAUUGGUGAAUUCAUAGUGCAAGGGAGAUCAUCUUCUUCAGUGUGGAAAAUGAUGUCAGAGAAGCUGGUGCAGUCUUGUCAUGAAGUGUACAAACAGACCGGUGUAUGUAAAUUAUAUUGCAGGCAUGUGUACGAAUGGUGGUCAUCUUGCAUGGUUCAUAAGACAGUUGAAGUGACUGAAUCAACUGAUGCAUUAGCCAAGUUUUGCCAUAUGUCUUGCCCUUUGCACAUUCCACUUCAUGUUGAGAGCAAUGAUGAACUUACUUCUAGUUGUGACACGCUAAUGAAGUGGAUAGGCCAAGACAGAUUUGGACUGGAUAUUGAUUUUGUGCAAGAACUAAUAGAGCAGCUUCCUGGGGUUCAUUCCUGUUCAGAUUAUACAUUCCUGAAUAAUAGAAGUGAAAAAUCAAAAUUACAAACUGUUGGAAAUGGAUUGCUUCUGGCUAAGAGGAAAGGUGACAUAGAAAGUGAGAAAGAAACAUAUAGAACUUCUAAGGAAUGUAAAAACCGAAAGGAGCAAUUCCUGAAGGAUUUCUGUCCCCCUGGCAAGCCAUUGAGCUCAAAGCUUCCUACUGUUUUAGUUGGUGAUGUUCUUCAGUCUUGGGAGUUACUAUGGCGCUUCUCAGAAGUUUUGGGACUGGAUAAACCUUUAUCCUUUAAGGAACUCGAAGAGGAACUUGUAGACUGUUAUUCCUCUACUUAUAGGAGUAUUUCUGCUUCAACUGUUAGUGCAAAAAGUCAACAUGCAUUCAUAACAGCAAAAAAGGAAACUUCAGGAGAAGGUGCCCGUAGGAAACAAUCAUCUGAUAACCAUAUCAGUUGCGUUGGCAAAGCUUUGUCUAAGGCUCAUUGUGCACUGCUGAAAGUACUGUUGGCAGAGCUAGAGUGUAAGCUGGCUGUUAUUGUGGAUCCUACUAUUGAAUGUGGAGAGUCUAAGUUAAGAAAGAGAAGGAAGAAAGAAACAGAUAACUUGAAUUUUGCUAGGAAAUCAAUGCUUGAUUUACUUCCAAUUAAUGAACUUACGUGGCCUGAACUGGCUCGAAGAUAUUUAUUAACUGUCUUAUCCAUGGAGGGUAACCUUGAUUCUCUGGAGGUGUUGAGAAGUGAAAGCUGCAAAGUGUUUCAUUGUUUACAAGGAGAUAGUGGGGGACUUCAUGGUUCUCUUCCGGCAGUGGCUGUUAUUGAAGCAGAUGCCCUGCUGCUUGCAGAGGCUACAAAGCAUAUAUUUGGUACAUCAAGUAAUAUUAGUGACAAUUUAAAUAUGGAUUCCAUCGAGUCUGUUGCACCCAGUCCUCGCAAUGAAGUUAGAGUUAACAAUGGUGAAGUUCCUGAGUGGGCAAAAGUUCUAGAACCUGUAAGAAAGCUACCCACAAAUGUGGGAGCAAGGAUUAGAAGGUGUAUUUAUGAUGCUUUGGCUCUAAAUCCACCAGAAUGGGCAACAAAGAUUUUGGAACAUUCAAUCAGUAAGGAAGUGUAUAAGGGAAAUGCUUCAGGACCUACCAAGAAAGCUGUACUAUCAGUGUUGGCAAAUGUGUGUGGUGAAGAUCUGCAGCAGAAACCUACUAGGAAGAGAAAAGGCAAGUAUAUUUGUACUUUAUCUGAAGUGAUAAUGAAACAAUGUCGAAAAGUGCUUCGCUGUGCCGUUGCUGCUGAUGAAGAAAAAGUUUUCUGUAAUUUGCUUGGAAGAACCCUUCUUAACACUUCAGAUAAUGAUGAUGAGGGACUGAUUGGUUUCCCUACAAUGGUACCUCGGCCUUUGGACUUCAGAACCGUUGAUCUGAGAUUGGCUUCUGGGGCCUAUGGAGGAUCACAUGAAGCUUUCCUAGAGGAUGUCCGGGAGGUUUGGCAUCAUAUACGUACAGCAUAUGCCGAUCAGUCUGAUUUAGUCCAUUUGGCUGAUACACUAUCUCAAAAUUUUGAGGCACUCUAUGAAAAAGAGGUCCUCACACUAGUCCAGAAACUUACAGGCUAUGUUGCUGUGGAAUGCUUAAGUUCUGAAGCCAAGAAAGAAAUGGAGGAUAUUCUUGAGCAUGCAAGUGACAUUCCCAAAGCUCCUUGGGAUGAGGGUGUCUGUAAAGUUUGUGGUGUAGAUAAAGAUGACGACAAUGUUUUAUUGUGCGAUAAAUGUGAUUCUGGGUAUCAUACAUAUUGCUUAAAUCCUCCUCUUGCAAGAAUACCUGAAGGAAAUUGGUAUUGUCCUUCAUGCAUCCCUGGACAUCGCAUUGCUCAGAGUGCUUCACAGAUUCCUCCGUUUGUUUGCCAAUACCCAAAAAGAAAGCGUCAAGGAGAGUUGACUCGUGGUGUUCUAGAGACCCUUGCUCAUUUAGGUACAACCAUGGAAGUGAAGGAUUACUGGGAGUACAGCGUGGAGGAGAGAAUAUUUCUUCUCAAGUUUUUAAGUGCUGAGGUGCUGAAUUCUGCUAAUAUCCGGGAACACCUAGAUCAGUGUGCAUCAUCAUUUGCUGAUUUGCAGCAGAAACUGCGUUCACUAUCUACAGAAUGGAGGAACCUAAAGUCUAGAGAAGAAGUCCUCGUUGAAAAAGUGGCAAAAGGAGAUACAAGUGUGCUUAAUGGUGUUGGAAAAUCUGGAAUGGAAGGGUUGGCUGCUAUGCUCCCAAACUAUGAUAAACUGUUGGGACAGCCUUUAAAUAGAUAUAGUUCAUGUUCAAAUCCCUCCAUUGAUCUGACAUCUUUGGAGGGUGGUCCAAAGUUUCACAGGACAAGUGAUUUUACCAAGCAACCGUGCUGUUUUCACCCAAAAGGUGAUCCCCAGCAACAUUCUACAAAUUGUGCUAGUCAAUUUAUCAAGAUUCCUGAUUCUGAACAUCAAGGAAACAAACCUGAUCUAAAUGAGUUACAGGCCUGUAACCUUGAGGCAAUCUCUAUCAAGAAUAGGAUUUCUGUCUUGCAGGAUUCAAUUGCCAGUCUAGACUUACAAUUACAGAAGGUGUCUCUUAGGAAGGAUUUCUUAGGAAGGGAUUCUGCUGGACGCCUGUACUGGGCCUUUUUCAGGCCAGAUUCAUCUUCUUGGGUUGUUGUCGAUGGGACUGUAGCAAUGCAGCAAGAGAAAAUUGUUGGAGAGCAUGGGAAGCUGUUGUAUACCAAUCUAACUCCCAAUUCUCUUCCAAUUGGAACAGACAAUGUGUCGAAGUUCAAAGGAUCAAAUUUUAUUGGUCCAUAUUAUAAUGAUCUGACUAAUGGCACCCCAGUAGCUUUUCAAUUGUUUUCUUAUAAAUCUGAUGCAGAAAUUGAAGAACUUAUUCAAUGGUUGAAGCAUAGUGACCCAAUGCAGAGAGAGUUGAUAGAUUCUCUUGUGCAGAGGCUAAAAGUUGGAUAUGAUAACUCCAAUGAAACUGAAGAUCAUGUUCACGAGAUUUAUCAACCGACACCAAUGCCUGUGAAUGUUGAAAAAGCUGUGCAAUCUAAUGCUCUUCAGACUAAUGCUUUGAUUGCAUUGGAGAAGAGGUAUGAUCCUUGCUUGGAAACGGAUAUCGACAACAUUUCAGUGAAGUGGAGUCGGACUGAAGAAGUAACUUAUGCAGAAAAAGUGAGCCGAUGUGAAUGUCUAGAACCCAUGUGGCCUUCUAGGCACCAUUGUCACUCUUGUCAUUGGUCAUUUGUCUCUAAAUGUGAAUUCAAAGAGCAUAACGAUGGAAAGUGCAGUUCUGCUGUGUGUGCUUCUCAGAGCAGCAAAGUGAUUGAUGUCUCAAAGGGUAAGGCAUGUACGAGGAUAGAACAAGGAGAACGCUCUGAGAAAUUGAGAAAUUUCAAGUCCAGUAGUAUGGGGUGUGAGAUUGAGUUUGGGUCAGUUAGAUAUCCAAAGGACUUUUUAUCUCCUUACAAACUUGAAGAGAUAAGUGCCAAGUUUGUUACUAGGAGCUCUAUUAAGGAAUUGGUGCAGGAAAUAGGACUUAUUGGUUCAAAUGGUAUUCCAUCAUUUGUACAAUGUGGAUCUCCUUAUCUGGGUGACCCCACAUUGAAGUUAGUACUUCCCUGGAAAAAAGAGGUUAGCCAGAGUGACGGGUCCUCAUGUGUGGAAAUUCAGUCACAUCAAGCCAUGAAGGAGAACAUGCCGACCAAUAAGAAACAUCUUAAUUCCAUCAACUCAAUUAGGAGUUGCACAACAGGUGAUCUUUAUGAGGAAUUACAAGAAAUUAGAAAAUCGAAUUUGAUAAAUGACAAGAGAGAUCAAUCUGCUUUGAGAAUUAGCUGUUCAAAAUGGAGGAAGGCUUCAUCUGAAAUUCAUGAUUCUUCUUUAAGACCCCUUGUGGGUAAGGGGGCUCAAAUUCUUAGGCAGCUCAAGGUCAACUUGCUUGAUAUGGAUGCUGCCCUGCCCGAAGGAGCACUAAAGUCAUCAAAGGCUUAUUUGGAAAAACGAUGCGCCUGGCGAGCAUUUGUCAAAUCUACCAAGUCAAUAUUUGAGAUGGUUCAAGCAACUAUUGUAUUUGAAAACAUGAUCAAGACUGACUACUUGAGAAAUGAAUGGUGGUAUUGGUCAUCAAUUUACACUGCAGCAAAAAUAGCUACCAUCUCUUCUCUUGCGCUUAGAAUAUACUGCUUGGAUGCUGCCAUUAUCUAUGAAAAGCCUUUACCCCUCUCCCCUUGUAAAGAAAAUGCAGGAGUUGGUAACAAAUUGGAUAAUGAUUCUUCACCUCAAACAGAUCUGGCAAGUAAUUCGAAGCCAAGCAGCAAGCCAGUUCUAAGGACUCCUAAUUCGGAUCCUACUGACAAUGGCAAACCACAAAGCAGAUCAGGCAAAAAAAGAAAAGACUCGGGAGGAUGAUUUUUAAAAUGUUGCAUCCCUUUGCAAGGAAUCAUAAUCUAUUAAACAGAAGCUGUUCCAAUUUUGAAGCCAAAUUCCUAACAUGACUGGGACAAGAAGUGAUCUAUGGGCAAGAAGACAAGCUGAAAGGGUGGGCGAAAAUGAUGCUUUCGCUCCCUUUUUAUGUGUAUAUAUAACUUGGAUACUGGAUCAGUGAGUAGAGGCCUUGUAGUUAGGUGUACAGUUUCACUUACAGACUGGUUUCUCAGAACUUGAGAACUAGUCAUCUACUGAAGAGGAAAUCCACAUUAAAGCAGUUGAUAUAAGGUGAUUUAUAUAUAUAUAUAUAUAUGAAGUGAAAUUUAUUUAUCAAAGUUUGAAAUGUAUAAAAGAUUCCAUUCAUUUGUUACAAUUUGCACCUGUUUGUGGCUUCAAUGAGUGGGAAUCAUUUUUGUUUUCUAUAAUCACAUUUCAGUCUUGUAUGCUGCUCCUGUUUAUAGUGGGGGCCUGCAAAUUCUACUCCAAGAAGAGAGUUGAAGCAAAGCAUCCUUGAAGGUUACAGCUGAGGUAAGCUCUUCAGAACAGCCAUGGAUUGAUGCUAUCGAUGGAUUUAUUGAAUGAAUGUUGGUCUCUGUAAAUUAGGCAGUUCUGUAUUCCUUUUAUUGUAGAAGUUGCAUGUUCUUAUGCCUUUACUUCAAAUCUCUUUGGAACUAGAUGAUAGUGGUUUGUUUUCAAAUAUUGGUCUCUGUAUAUUAGUAAUGUAAGUUUGGUUGUGCUCUAAAUGUUGUUGUAUUUAGUGUGCGAGUUGGAUUCAAAUGUUUUAACUCUAGAUGUUCAAAUGUGAGGCAACAAUUUAAGCU